AUGGUGAUUGGACGACACGGACCUGAAUCGCGCAUCAUUUAUUUGAUUGACUAUGGAAUGGCGCGAGAGUACGCAAUUUGGGAAGAAGGUUGUGUGCGCAUUAGGCGACAACGCGAACAUGUUCUUAUGAGAGCUGGCCUGAAAAACGAACAGCAAGGUAUUCGAACGAAUAACAGCCUAAUGGACAGAACAAGAAAGUGCUCGUCUAUCCGGCGAUUUAAUGUACGCCAGGCUCAUUGA